AUGCAGUCGACCAAGCGUACUGAUGAUGAUCGCCAAUCAGCUGUGCUGCCGAUGCCAAUUGAUAGUACUGGCCCUGAUGUGGCUGGUAUUAUGGAUGCGGCAGAAGAAGAAAGCCAAACGCAACCUCCGCCAACAAGGCAUACAGAAGCAUCAACAGACAGCACACCUCGAAAUCUUAAUAAUGACAAGGCAGAAGCACUUUCCGAAGAAUUCGGCGUUAUCGAAAAGGCUGCCAGGAUAAGUGCUGCUGGUGACGCUGCUUGUGGAGCUGGUGAUGCUGGUGAUGCUGAACGUCAAAAGCUACUAUCUUUUGAUCAAGAAGCAAGAGCAUCAUCCAAGGAAAAUUCAAAUAGUAGUGAGACAUUCCCUCAAAAUAUGGAAGAAGGAUUGGAUCCUCUGGACCUAGCUAAAAUUGUGGAAGCACGGCUAAGAGAUUCGGGCGCCAGUCCGGCAGAGCAAGAGUGCACAACAAAUCUUAAUCCAACAACCGCAGUUCCACAGGCUGCUUCAGCCAUGACAGGGACACAUAGAUCCCAUAAAGAGUCUAUAUCUUCCCUUGAUCUGGCAAAAAUAGUGGAGGAUCGGCUCCAAGAUUCAGGUCAAUGUGAAAACAUUACCACUCAAGAAGGGGGCAAUUCUCCAUCAACAGCUGCUGUAGGCACCAUUAUUGAGCAGCAGAACCGCCACCUGGAACAAAAAGUGAGCAAUAAUUCAAGCACUACUACUACUGGUGAGGCCAACAGAAUUGGACUCAGCGACACCAAUGUAGUUCCGGUCGAUACAGUUCAAAGUGAUGGCAGUCAUGAAAUUUUGCAUUUGCCUCGACUGGAACGGAGUUCUGCCAACAGAAGAAGACCCCAAUCACAACCAGGAGCCUACCCAAGCGGAGGAAAUUUUCAAGGAAUAGAGGAAAUCUGGAAACAUCAGUGA